AACUCCAACCCACAGCAUGUGAUUUCCCAGCAUUCAGUGUGUUCUCUCUAUAUAAACCUGAUGUGGUUCUGUGGUUCUGAACAGCAGCUUUGAGCCGACGACCGAUUCAAACAGCCAACCACUGUCUGCAGACACGAAAUCAAAAUGACCACCUACAUCACUGAACUCGCUGUGUCUCUGAAUGAAGCUGAAGAGAGUCAGCUCCGUAAACGAAACUUCCAGAAAAUUUAUGUUAAUCUGUACCAAGGAGCCGGAGAAAACGGCAUCUACCUUUGGUACAAAACAGGAAGCUCUGGCCCAAUCACCAGGAUCCAGUUUUCAUUCACCUCCGCGAUGACUAAGGGUCUGAACAACACAGGGUACACAAAGAUCGACAAAGAUCUCAAUGCUGGAACAGAGGGGGACAACAUCUACCUGUGGUUCUACAAUGGUUCCUCAGAGUACGAUGUUCCCAUCGUGAGCAUUGACGUCACGCUAACAGAUGAUGCCCAGAAGUUUAAAUCUGGCUGGGAGAGAUCAGCCUGUGAUCUGAACCGUGAUGCUGGAGGAAAGAUGAUCUACCUGUGGGUGAAGAGAGAGAAACCAACGUACAUCUGUGACAUCACUGCCACUGAGGGUUUUGGAGGAGAUGAUGAGCACUUCAAGAACGGGUUCAUCCGAGUGGAUCAAGACACCAGCAGAGGUGCAGAAGGAUCCUAUGUCUUCAUCUGGUUCCGUCUGACCACUGACAGUAAGAAGGCCAUCAGAGAUCUGCAAAUCUCCAUAAAUCAUGAUCAAUAUGUCAACUAUCAAAAGCAUGGCUAUCAGAUGGUGAACAUAGAUCUCAACCAGGGUACUGGAGGAAACCAGGUGCUCCUGUGGUACAAGAAAGAUCCCAAGUGUGUCAACCCCGUCAAAGAUUUCACUCUGAUCGUCGGCAGCGGUUUCAUCGCUACAUUCAAGGGGGCCGGGGUCGUGGUCAUCGACAAAAGUCUCAAUACAGGAAACAGCAGCUACUAUGACAUGUACCUGUGUUAUUAUCGCUGAGAGUUGUCAUGGUAACAGAGCUGAGCAUGCUCACUGAGGAGAAACAGAAUCAAACAUAUUCCUGUUUAAUUGCUUUGUCUGAUGAAAUUGGAUGAUUUUAAUCACAUAUAAUCUACAAUGAAUCAAAUGAAUCAAACUGUUUGAUGUGUUCUUGAAUAACUCUGUAUCACUUCAUUCUGAUGAUUCUCUGAUUUAAUAAAGUUUCUCCAGCAUAU